AUGCACGCAUCAAAGAAAACUGGUAAAAGCAAACUGGAAAUUCUAAAUCAACAGAAGAAUACAGUUUUGAAUAAUAUUAAUCGCGUUCGGCGAUCUAUAAAGGAAAAAACGAUUUCUUUUAAUCUACUUGAAUUGGAAUGUCGACUCGAUAUAUUAAAUUCAUAUAUUGAACAGGCAAUGACUUAUCAGUCAGAAAUCGAUAUUUUAGAUCCUGAGAACGAUGAAAGAUCUGCUGUUGAAGACUUGUGUGUGUCUACCAAAUGUCUACUUCUUGGAUAUUUGACACCGAUUCGAAGACAAAGCAGCCAUGAUUCUACUAUUGGUUAUCCAACACACCACAGCAGUCUUCCUAAAAUGAAAUUACCAAAAUUUAACGGCAAGUACUCAGAGUACAAAAAUUUCAUUAGUUUGUUUGAAAGUUUAGUUGAUCAUGACAUGUCGCUUACUGAAAUCGAAAAGUUCAAUCAUUUAAUUUCAUGUCUCUCUGAUGAAGCUCUAGGUACUGCGAAGGCUUAUCAAAUUACUGAACAGAACUAUUCCAAAGCUUUAGCAAGUUUGAAACGGGUUUAUGAUAAUCCUUGUCUUAUAUUUUUCGACAGUACUAGACAAUUGUUUCACUUGCCCGAAAUAACGAAACCUUCGUCUUCAGCUUUGAGGAGCAUGAUUGACACAGUUUCGGCAGUAUAUGAUUCACUGUUAUCAAUUGGUGAUGACAAAUCUAUCUCAAACGCUAUGAUUAUUCAAAUGGUUAUGACAAAAGUCGAUCCAGUCACUCGCUCUAAAUGGGAAGAGCAACUUAAUUAUGAUACGUUGCCAAUGUGGAGUGAUUGCAAAGAGGCCCUGAAUAAAAGAUAUACUCAUAUAUCAGCUGAAGAAGCUUCGUGUUCGCGACCUAAAACUAAUAAAAUUACUCAAAAGAAGAAUGACAACAAUACGGGUAGAAAAGGAAAAUCAUUUUCGUGCCAAGUCAAAGCACAGCAGGACAAUAUUAAAUGCAUUUUUUGCAGAUCAGCGGAACAUUAUGUUUCUAACUGUCCGUCCUUUGCUGCCAUUCCUGUUGCUCAAAGAUUUGAUUUCAUAAAAAAUGUACCGGCCUGUAUAAGUUGUUUGAGAAAAGGUCAUACAGUAACAAAAUGUACUGCCACAAAAUGUAGAGUUUGCAAUCGUUCUCAUCAUACACUUUUGCAUCAAUAUAAUACUACUAACACGCAAACUGUAAAUCCGACAACUUCAAGUCCAGACGAGCCUUCGAGUGCAUCUGUCAAUAUUUCAACCUCUAAUAAAGAUAAUGUUAUCUUGGCUACGGCUUUAGUUAAAAUAAAAGAUAGAUCUGGGCAAUAUGUAUUUGCUAGGGCAUUACUGGACUCUGGAUCACAGAUUAAUUUUGUAUCUGAAGAAUUGUCGCAACGAUUGCAAUUAGAACAAAGUAGACAGAUGUUAUGCAAAACUACAACUCAACACUAUGAACAAUACAAUAAGGGAAAUCAAUAA